GAUCAUAUAUUCAACUGUAAAUUUGCUGAAAAUUGGUCUUAGCACAAGAAGGCUUUAUAUUAAUAUCACAUUCACACAAAUCUAUGAUGAGAUUAGCAGAACAAAACAUGCAUUUUUGACACAAAAAGCAUAUGCCAAUCUGGUAAAGUGA